AUGGUUCGCCGUAGCAAGAUCUCGCGCGCUGCCGGCCCGUCACUCGACCCGACGCCGAUCGCCUCUACCCUUACAACUCCCCUGAGUUCGGCCUACCCAUCGACGUAUGCUUCCGAAGCCGAGCUUGAUGCCCUCGGGGAGAGCAUGGACUCUCUCACCUUGAGCGAGAGGAGAGCGGCCAAGAAGCGAGCAAAGCCUUUUGCUUUUAUGGCGCUGCCCUCUGAAUUGCGGCUCAAGAUUUACGAAUAUUACUUCGAGGGUGGCGGCGGAGUGGUCGAUCUCGACCCGGAUAAUUACAAGAGCUUUCACAAGAAGCUCGGAAUCCAACGGACGUGCCGCACCAUCUACCACGAAGUCUCUCACUACUUUUACAGCAGCCGCUCGUUCCGCAUCUUCCCCACUCACCCGGGCAAGUACUUCAAGACCAAGAAGCCUCUUCUGGCCCGCCUCAAGCCGAGCUCACGAUCUUUGAUCACAUCGCUGGAGCUCCGCCUCGGUCCCGGUUGGUCCAAGCCCCCUCGAGGAUGGGUGGUCACUCCCGCUCUUGGCCUGAAUGAGUGCGUCAACGUCCGCCGUCUGACGGUCAUGGUCGAGUGCGACCCCAGUGAUGGUAUUUUCAAUGGUUACCGUCGUUCAGACGGUUUCUACGAAGGCUUCAGCCAAUCUCUCCUCACAGAGGUAUUGAACGAAAUGCCCUGGUGUGAAACUGUCACCUUUGAUGCAUACUCGAGUGUCAAGAAGUCGGGCCCGAUGAUGCGAGGACUACUCGAUGUGACUGCGGCAAAUAACCGCAAGAUCAGAUGGGGCCCCGAGAGAGGUUGGACCGAUACCCCCGACGAAGAGGAUAAGGCCAGCAAUCUGGUGCUGGUGCCUCCGGCGUCGGAGUUCAAUACGUCAAGCAUGGGCGUACUUGUAAUGGCGUAA